AUGGAUGGAGAAGAAAUAGAUUCCUGGAAUGAUCUUAGUUCAGUGAUGAAUGAUUUGAAUAAAAAAAAUAACAUUAAUUCUUCUGACACUAAAGCAUGCAAUUCUACUAAUAAAUAUGAAACUAUUGCAACACCAAUAAAUGAUCAAAGCUUCGGGGAGUCUAUAAAAAGUAUUACAAGUAGCCAGGAUAAUGUAAACACAAUAUUUGACCAGAACAUAGACUUGGAUAAUAUUGAAAACAUUGACAUUCACAAUCUACAAGUUGUAGAAAAAGUUGGUAAUGACUUCUUUGAUCUGCAACAUAUACCACCCGAAUUUGCUACAGUGACCAUCGAGUAUCCUCAGCCUUCUGCAUUGAAUGUAGCCAAUAUCUCGGUAGAAUGUGAGAACGUUAUACAAGAACUAGGAAAUAUUGACAUUGAAGCUUUAACUACGAAUACUCAAGACCCAGUUUCGGAUAGAGUAAUUAACACAGAUGAAAAUAAAACAAUCCAAAACAAUAUACAGCAAUCCAGCGACUCUGCUACUCCAUCAUGUUCUUCAAAAGUGGUCAUACUCAGUAAUGUUGCUUAUCACGGUGAUUUGUUAAGCCAUAAAAAACGACAGAACAAGGCGACAAAAGAUCCAAAUAAAUAUAAACGCAAUAUAAAUAAAGAAUUACGGAUGAAGGGUGAAAAUUAUUUAGGUUACAGAAGAGACAGAAAAGCAAAGAUUAAUGAAACAUUUAAAGUGAAACAAGACGUAUUUAAGCCUGCAAGAUCCAUAAAACCACCAUGCACUUCUGCGUUUUGCAAGAAAUCCAAACUCAGGUCAUGUGACAACAUAAACGAGCAACAGCGUAAAUAUUUAUUUGAAAAUUUCUGGAAGAACAUGAACUGGGAGCAGCGAAGAUCAUUUAUAACUUCUCACGUUAAUAAAGUACCGAAGAAAGUUACAAAAAAUCCAGAAUCAUCCAAGAGAACUGAUAGUCGAACUUACGUUUUGACGAUUGAUAAUGUUCGUCACCAAGUCUGCAAAAAAAUGUUCUUGGCCACUCUUGGAAUUAAAGAUUGGUUUAUAAGAUAUUGGUUGACAAAAACCGAUUGUGCUAUGCCUCCCGAUGUGUCUACUUCAACCAGUAAUCGUAGAAAUCCAGGGAAAAUUGAAGACCACAAACAUGUUGAAAAGUUUUUAGCAGAUCUUCCAAAGAUGCCGUCGCAUUACUGUCGUGCUAAAACAUCACGAGAAUAUUUAGAACCAAUUUUCUCGAACAUGACACAGCUCUAUCACGCAUAUAAAGAUAAUUGUGAAUUAGAGGGUAGAGAAUGCCUUGGCCGUAAAUUAUUUGACAAAUUAUUUUUGAAACUCAAUCUUUGCCUAUUCCACCCAAAGAAAGAUCAAUGCGACGUUUGUUGCAGUCAUAAAACCGGAAACAUUACUGAUGAAGAAUACUCUCAACAUGUUCUGAAGAAAGAUCGAGCCAGGAAAGAGAAGGAUACUGACAAAGGAAUUGCACAGUCCGGAGCCUGUCACGUGUUCACACAGGAUGUGGAAUCGGUUAAAUUAGCCCCGUAUCUUCAAGCUAGUGCAAUUUAUUAUAAAACUAAAUUAUGCGUCCAUAAUUUUACAUUAUACAAUAUAGCAACUAAGGAAGUAAUGUGUUAUUGGUUUGAUGAGUCAAAUAGUACGCUUGAAGCCUCUGUUUUUGCUUCAUGCUUAGUAGACCAUCUACAGAAGGUUUUGAGUAUAAAAUUAUUGCCUGUGGUUUUAUAUUCCGAUGGUUGUUGUGCUCAAAAUCGCAAUGUUACCUUAAGCAAUGCUUUAUUACGUUUAGCGAUUGAAAAAAAAAAAAAAAAAAAUAUUUUGAUUACUCAAAAGUACCUGGAAAAAGGCCAUACUCACAUGGAAUGUGAUUCGGUACAUAGUGCCAUAGAGUGUAAAUUAAAAGGUAAAGAAAUUUACCUUCCACAUCAAUACAUGGCUAUAAGUAAAACUGCUAGGAGUGAUCCUAUGCCCUACGAAGCUCGUUAUUUAGACUAUAGUUUUUUUACAGACUUUUCGAAAGAAUUAAUUUAUAAAUCUAUAAGACCUGGUAAAAAAGCAGGUGACCCUGUCGUCACAGAUUUACGUAUGCUAGAAUACAGACCAAAUGGCACAAUUUGGUAUAAAGUUAGUUUUGAUGACGAUCUUCACCCGUUACCACAUCGCCCCACGCCAAUUAACAGCAUUAAACAAAUAAAUAGCUUGCAGAAAUUGUACGCAGCUAGAAUACCAAUUACAAAGCGGAAGUAUCAGGAUUUGCAAGACCUAAAAAGUGUAUUGCCAUCUAAUUGCCAUUCUUUUUAUGAUGACCUUCCACACAGCAAUCACUAAAGACUGCAACUAAACUAAAGACUAAAUAAUUUUGAGUAUUUUUUAUUAUUUGUAUUAUAAUUAUGUUAUUUCUUUGGAGUUUAUUAAACUCAGAUUAAUAUUUAAAAUAUUUACCUAUUAAUAUAAAAAAAAUAUUAUUUCAUUUACGUUCCAACUAGAGGUUUCUGUAUUACUAAAUAACUUUAAGCAAUUGAUCUCAACAAUGUGAUUCCUAAGAUUUAAGAUAAGAUACCUUUUAAAGAUAAGAUAAAGAGUGUUAAUUUUCUUGAAAUAUUUUUUAAUUAAAGUUUUUAUUUGCAAAUCAUCUUUUAAUACCUUAAUCCCUAACAUUUUCACAAACAACACCGCCUAAAUCUAAUAAAAUAUCAGUCAACACCGCUCAAGUCAUAAAAUAAAAGUUAAAAUAAAGUAAAUCGUUAAAAUAAGUAUAAAUAAUUAUUUCUUAACCGCUAACUAGAGUAUGUACUAAGUAGCAAUAGAAAAAAAACACAGAUUAUUUAAAUUAGACAGUUUUUUUCGUCUCCUGUAAAGUUGGUAAAAAUGACUUAAGCGGUGUUGUAAGCUAAGGGACGCAAUGUAUAAUUUGGUCUAAAAUAACAAAAACUAUAAA